ACCCAUGUGAUCUCUCAGGCAGGCAGGCAGGCAGGCGUCGUUGUUCUCAGUCUACAGCCCUUGCCGGCUGCAUCUAAUGAGUCUUUGUGUGGCCACAGCGAAUGAGAGAGAGAGACUUUGGUCUUUUUAUAUUGAAGCAUAUAAAACCACAGAGCGGACGGAGACGUCUCUCUCGCCCUGGUCACCUCUCUCUCUCUCUGCUGCUUUCUGUUUCUCCCCUCCUCUUGGGCUCUGGGGAUCUCGAGUCACGGGCGGCGAGAGCGAAAUGGAUGGCCCUCAUUCGCCGGUUCUCAUCUGACAUUGAAUCGUCUCAUUCACAUCUCUCCGAGAAAAUUGGAGAAGCGAGGGGGCGGAGUUACAGAGCGGCGCACAGAGCCUCCCGGCAGCCAUGAGUGGAAUUCUGAAGAGGAAGUUUGAGGAGGUGGAGGGGGCGUCUCCCUGUUCAUCUGUGAGAGAAUCGGAGGAAGAGGAGAUCUCCAGCACCGAGAGCGGAGACAGCAGCGACAGCGUCAACCCGUCGGCUUCACACUUCAACCAUUCCUCACCCGCAACUUCUUCAUCAUCAUCGCACACACUACAGCGCACUGUGUCCAUCCUGAAGCAAGAGAAGCGCAUGAGGACGCGCAGGGUGCGCUUCGAGAAAGUGACGGUGUAUUAUUUCAGCCGGCGGCAGGGCUUCACCAGCGUGCCCAGUCAGGGUGGCAGUACGCUGGGCAUGUCGAGCAGACACAGCUGUGUCAGACAGUACACGCUGGGAGAGUUUGCCAUGGAGCAGGAGAGAAUCCACAGGGACAUGCUCCGAGACCACUUGAAAGAAGAAAAACUCAACUCUAUACGACUGCGGUUGACGAAGAACGGCGCAGUGGAGUCAGAGGAGGCGAGCGCGCUCACGCUGGAUGACAUCUCUGACGAUGAUCUAGACAUUGACAACACGGAGGUGGACGAAUACUUUUUCCUGCAGCCGCUGACCACUAAGAAGCGACGCGCUCUUCUGCGCUCCUCCGGCGUCAAGAAGAUCGACGUGGAGGAGAAACACGAGCUGCGGGCCAUCAGGGUCUCCAGAGAAGACUGCGGCUGUGACUGUAGACUCUUCUGUGAUCCGGAGACCUGCACCUGCAGCCUCGCUGGAAUCAAGUGUCAGGUGGACCGUAUGUCGUUCCCUUGCGGGUGCACCAAAGAGGGCUGCAGUAAUGCCGCCGGGCGGAUCGAGUUCAACCCCAUCCGUGUUCGGACUCACUUUCUGCACACCAUCAUGAAGCUGGAACUGGAAAAGAGCCGUGAACAGCAGCAGAAUUCCGGCCCUGCUGCCACGGCAACCGGAAACGGUUUCCACGGCGACCCGAACGGUCACUGCAGUCCGCUGACGACGGGCCAGCACUCGCUGGAAUACGCCAUCCCAGAUUCUGUACCGCCGAGCACCAUCAUGCACCUGCAGGCGGGCAACGACAUGGACGACACCCUAGAAGAGGAAGAUGACGAAGAAGAGGAAGACGAGGAAGAGGAAGAAGAGGAUGAUGAUGAUGAUGAAGAGGAUGAAAAUGAAGAAGAUGAAGAUGAGAGCAGCAGUCUGUGUAGUCUGUCCGACUCCAGCACGCAGAGUCUGGCGAACAGCGAUUCGGAAGACGAAGAUGACGAAGAUAAGACAGGAGAGUUUGACGCGAGGUUGUCGAAGGCGACGACAUGCGGCAAACAGGCUCCGCCCCCACCUGUGAUGUGUUACACAGAGAACACGGUUGCGUCACAAAACCAAACAAAUGGCAAUUCCUACUUCAUGAGCUCUACCCCAGAGUACUAUACUAUGAAAAACGUGACUCCGCCCACCCUGCUAGCCAACGCUAACCAAGCUAGCGAGGUUUACGGAGGCGACACGGCCACGUAUCAAGACAGGGUCAAUGACUCAAGUAGGGUCAUGUCUCAGGGUCCCUUUAAUGUGACCGCUGACCAAUACACAGACUACACCCAGCAAAGCGAACAGCCAUACUCCACUCACCACUUCACCGCGCUCGCUAACGGAUCCCCGGCCGUGAUUGGCUGCCGCACUCCAGAGGCGGAUAAAAGCGUCCAAUCCAAAGGGACCUUCGUUAGCCAAUCGGGAGAGCUGAGCCAGAUGGAACUCCAAAAUUAUCUAAAUAACAACAACAAGAGCACGCAGGAUGCUUACACUAGCAACGGGAACUGUUACGUAGCUGAACAGCCAAAGGAGAUGCGUCACAAUCUGCCGGACGUUUCACUAGCCGACAACACGAAAGGACCGACUUUACUGGAUGCUUUCCCCGAGCCCACCCCGGUUUAAGAUCGGCCUUCAAAUAUCCGGUCUAACGCUGGGGGAGACGGAACCGUACAUUUGUAUUUUUUCCUGGACUUUGCGAGAACAAAUGUUAUUUAAACCGUAAAAUCAGAUCGUAUAAGCUUUAGACGCGAACAUACGCCGCGCAAGCGCGUCAACGACGGGUCCACGACGUUGCGUCAGCAUACUUGCGUAUAAAGUACGUUCCCGGCCUGAGGCUCGUGCAAUGUUUCUUGCGAUUUCAAAAGUUCUAGUUUUACUCAGACGUGAAAGGAACUUUUCUAUGUAUCUGUGUUAGUUGUGCGGGGGGAAAACAAAGUAAAAAUCGCUGUUCGUGUUCCAGUACGUGUAUAUCUAAAUGUUUGAUAACAGCAUGUUUUUUUUAGCUUUCGUGGCUGGUUUAUGGUUUUGUAAGAGUUCGAUGUACCGUAAAAGAGAAAAUAAUAACGUUGAGUUUUCGUACACAUGUAUCAUGCUUAGAAAGAGUUUGUGAAGCAUGAAAACGGCUCUUGAAAUACGCGCUCUUCAUUUGCCUUUGCUUACGAAACCAAAAUCAUGUGUGGAUACAUUUCCUGAACGUUAUUGCACUUUUCAUUGGCUGAUGUUACGCGGAGCGCAACCAAUCGCUGUUUGAGCACUGAUGGGGGGCGGGGCUAUCUGGUACUGUGCAAUGACUGCGGCUGUGUUCGUAAUAGAAAAUUAACGUUCUCCAUACGAAAUACUCCACAGUUUACAUACUGAAUUUAAGCGGGCUGUGCACACAGUAUAAAAUAAUUCGGGUAGUAUGUUAGUAUGCUAUUCCAAACACAGCUUUUGAUCUUAUAAUUUUAUGAUGUCUCUAGAUUUGGUGCAUGGAGACGUGAUUUAUUUCUGCAAUACUAAAAGGAAAUUAUCUGUCUGCAUUUGCUUUGGAACGGCAGACGAUUUGUUAGAUAAGAGAAUUAAGUUUGUAAACCAGAUGAAGAUGAUAACAAUGGUGAAUUCAGAAGUCUUAUGAAAGUCUUGCAUUGUCUUUGGGAUAUACAGGUAUUACUGACAAAAUGCACUUUGCAUCGAGUUGCUGCCAUCGAAGCAUUCCAUUUCCUUCAGGCAAACAUGAUUUUUAAAAGAGUUUCAAUUAUAUAUGUUCUAGAAGACAAUGGAAUACUAUUGUUAGGUUUGUAAAACGUACAUCUAUUGAGUUCGGGAAGGAUUUUUAAUCUAAACUCGUAAAGAAAUGUUUUAUGGCAUGACAUUUGUUUGCUCAAGAUAUUACAAUUCUUCGGUUAUUUCACUUACAAAUGAUGAACUCGGACUGAACAAAUUGAAAAGAUGAAUUUGUUAAGUGCAAUAGUUUACUCUGGUGGCUCACAUAACAUUCAUUGCCCUAGUAAACAGACGUGAUCUCAAGUCAGCUAUGAUACCCAGUUGAAGAAAGAAACAAAGAACACCAUAAGAGUUCAUUACUACUGUACUAUCAACAUCUUAUGGAAAAAGUGAAAUAAGAGCAUGUUGGUUUUGGAUGACAUGGGGGACGGUAAAACCUUUGAGAAUUUAUUUUAAGGUGAGCGUUUCUUUUAAAGCACUGAUGGGUUUAGAAAUGAAGCUCUUUGUAACGCACAAGCAAACAUUACGAUGCAUUCUUCGGUUUGUUUAUCCUCUUGAAAGAAAGAGAGUCAUUGUCAAACUGAUAAUGUCCCUCAAACUCAAGAUAGGACAAUCAAAUGCCUUUGUAUGUCAUCAGCGUACCUCAUGAUGUGUUACAGAAAUAAUCUGAUUUUUAAAGGUAAAGUGUGUAAUAUUUCUGCAUGCUAGACUUUCAACUGUUCCAGCGUAAAUUGCAACUAUACAAGUCAACUCAUUUUAAAUGACAGACAUCUGAAAGACAAAACACAUCUAUAUUUGUCAUUGAGGUGUUUUCAUGGCCAGUAAACCAUCACCUAGUAACCACUAAAACACCCUAGCAACCACAAAACAACAUCCAAAAGCAUUCGGAAGACUCUGGCAUCAUAAAAGCGAUGGGCAAGCAACACAAAUGUUAAGAUCUAGUUUUUCAUAUAGUGCAGAUAUAACACGCUUCACCUUUAAAGAUGACUGAAAAAUAAACUGGAGAGAAAAUGAAAUGCUGAAUGUUAUAAAGGAAUGAUGUGAUUGGAAUACUGCCUUGGCUUUAGUAAGCGAUGACUCGACAACAGAGAAUGCCUUCAUUUUGUAAUUCAUUUUUGCAUUGAUUGACAUUCUGAGAAGGCAUGGUCUGUGUGUUUUGCCUUUUAGAAUUCAUUUUCUGGAUGCAGAAAAUAAAUUUGUCUCCGAUUCACCUCGAUACGUGUUGCUGAUGCGAUAAACCUCAGUCUCAGAUGAAGCACGAAAUAUAAAACACAAGUGUACAAAUGUAAUGUCAGUAAGGCGUUGAACAGGAAUCGUCAUGUCAUGUUACCAGUUAGAAUCACAGUUCUCCUGUUUUAAGUAUUCCUUAUGAAUGAUCUAUUAUAUGUGUAUUUAUUGUGCGUUCAUUAAACAGUAUGUAUUGAAUAAAACUUCUCUUUGUUAAAGCUGCUCUUUGUUGUGUAAUCCCGGCUUUUGAAGCUUUGCAAAGGAGAUUCAAGUUUAAACGUUUUAUAUACCACUCAAUAUUUUCCAACCUAUACUGCAUAAAAAAGAUAGGCAUAAAAAUAGAUACAAAAUAAAAGCACACAUUUCUCCAAUCUCCAACUCUUGAUAAGUUUACUGUGACUCUGAAACACACUCCUAUAAAAAUGUAACAAUUUUUACAAAAAUAAGUCACAAAACCUCAAUUCAUGAAAAGUAACAGUGAUUUCUGACAGAUGUAAACAGAUUGCAAUUGAAAUAGAAGAGAUUUUUUCUGCUCUUUUGCAGUUUUGUAUUGCAUUAUAGAGACAGUUCACCUAAAAAAAAAAAAUCUGUCAUCAUUUACUCACCCCCAUGACUUUCUUUCUUCUGCAGAACACAAAAGAAGAUAUUUUGAAGAAUGUUAGUAAGCAAACAACACUGAACCCCAUUAACUUCCAUUGUAUGAACACACUGAGACAUUUCUCAAAAUAUCUUUUUUUGUGUUGCACUGAAGAAAGAGUUCAAUACAGGUUUUAAAUGAGAGUCAAUAAAUAGAUU